GACACAGAUCUUUGGGUAUAAAAGUUUUUUUUUGGGAAAAGUAUUUUCUUGCUUUCCAAACAGAGGAUUCUUUUGUGGCACAUUGCAUGUAUAAAAGCAAGCAGGGAGAAGGAAGUUAGUAAUCAGAAAAGCUUUGAUAAACCCAACCAAUAUGGAAGGGCACGUGAGACAGACAGAUAAGUACAUGUUAGUGUGAAGUUAGUCCGACCAUAGGUGGCCACGAAAAUUAGAACUCUCCCAUGAUUGCUAAUAUUUGUCCCUAACGGUUACACACUUUAAAGGAAACACCCCCCGAGAGUUUCGGUUCUCUGAUCUCUCUGCAAUCUCUUCUUUUACUCUCUCUCUCUCUCUCUCUCUCUUUUACUCAGUCUUUUUUACACCCAGCAAAUCCGCUCAUAUCAGACCUGUUCAGGUCAACACGUUACCUAUUAGCUAUUUCAGUUUCAACAAUUUCCUCUCUCCUUCCUUUAACCAUUUCAUGAUUUUCAUCAUAUUUCUUUUCCAUCCUUCACCGAAAUUCUUCUCUGGUUUCACCAAUCAUCUACUACGAACCAAUAUACUGGUAAUUUCCACGGUUUUGUUGGGGUGGUUUCAACCAUGACCCUUAAGGGUGGCACCGCCAGUGCCUGUGCUGCGUGCAAGUACCAGAGGCGGAAGUGCACUCCCGAAUGUCCCCUUGCACCUUAUUUCCCAGCUGAGCAAGCCAGGGUUUUCCAAAACGCUCACAAACUAUUUGGCGUAAGCAACAUUCUUAAGAUAUUAAAGAACCUAAAUCCUGCCCAACAGGCUGAGGCCAUGCGUUCUAUCAAAUACCAAUCCAAUGUGCGCGACCAAUUCCCUGUUUAUGGAUGCUUAGGGGUCAUUCGUCAGUUACAGUAUCAAAUUCAGCUAGUUGAAGAGGAACUUCAUGCAGUGCAUGCACAGCUUGAAAUGUACAGGCAACAUCAUCAGAUUUCUUCGAUUGCGGAUGAUGUGCCUUCACAGCUAGAACUAGGCAUGGCACCGCCUAGCAAUGCUCUCCCUCUCUUCAAUCAGGUCCCACAACAGCAUUACAAUUCCCUGGCUUCUUUGCCGGUUUCAAUGCAGCACUCUUACUCUAAUAGCAGUAAUGUUGAUUAUAGCUCUUCUUACAUGGAUUCCAAGGAGAAUGUGGCAAAUUCUUUGUGGGUUCAACAUCCUUUUGCCACGAACAAUAACACCGAUAAUGGCAGUACAAUGGCAAUACAAUCUCAGCUGGUUGCCCCUCAGACCAUGGCUGUCCAACAGCAAGUUGUUCAAGAUUAUGAUGAAAUCCAUCCAUUUUUCGAUGCCAUUGAUGACAGACAGUCUUACAUUGAUUCAAAAGAACCUUACGAAUCGAGCUCUGAAGAAUCAUUGAAAGACACAACACAAUCUGUGGAACAUGUUGCGGAAAAUGAAUUGAAGAGUGCUGCUGCUUGCUUCAGUCUUACCAGUGUCAACUGAUCAUCAAACACAAUGAGGCCACAGAAAAAGUAGUGCGAGUUCCAUAUUCUUUUCUUCUAUUUUUUUUCUUCCCCGGAUUAGAUCGUACAUAGUAUAGUACGUUCAACAAUUUUGAUCUUGUUUAUUCCAUUUCAAAACAUUAGCAGUUGUAAUUAUUCAGCAAAA